CUUCCGUCCCCGCAGUCCGGGGGGCAGAUGGCUCGGCUCCGGGUGCCGCUGCUCUGGGUAGCCUGGUGGCUGUCGCAGGCUGGCGUGGCGCGCGGGGCGGGCUCAGUGCGCCUGGCGGGCGGCCUGACGCUGGGCGGCCUGUUCCCGGUGCACGCGCGGGGCGCGGCGGGGCGCGCCUGCGGGGCGCUGAAGAAGGAGCAGGGCGUGCACCGGCUGGAGGCGAUGCUCUACGCGCUGGACCGAGUCAACGCCGACCCGGAGCUGCUGCCCGGCGUGCGGCUGGGCGCGCGGCUGCUGGACACCUGCUCGCGGGACACCUACGCCCUGGAGCAGGCGCUGAGCUUCGUGCAGGCGCUCAUCCGGGGCCGUGGCGACGGCGACGAGGCCAGCGUCCGCUGCCCCGGGGGCGUCCCCCCACUGCGCGCCGCUCCCCCAGAGCGCGUGGUGGCCGUGGUGGGAGCCUCGGCUAGCUCCGUGUCCAUCAUGGUCGCCAACGUCUUGCGCCUGUUCGCGAUACCCCAGAUCAGCUAUGCCUCCACAGCCCCAGAGCUCAGUGACUCCACCCGAUAUGACUUCUUCUCCCGAGUGGUACCCCCUGACUCCUACCAGGCCCAGGCUAUGGUGGACAUUGUGCGGGCACUGGGAUGGAACUACGUGUCUACACUGGCCUCUGAAGGCAACUAUGGCGAGAGCGGGGUUGAGGCCUUUGUGCAGAUCUCCCGGGAGGCUGGAGGUGUCUGUAUUGCCCAAUCAAUAAAGAUCCCCAGGGAGCCAAAGCCAGGCGAAUUCCACAAAGUGAUUCGGAGGCUCAUGGAGACACCCAACGCCCGGGGCAUCAUCAUUUUUGCCAAUGAGGAUGACAUCAGGAGGGUCUUGGAGGCAACACGACAAGCCAACCUGACUGGCCACUUCCUGUGGGUUGGCUCAGACAGCUGGGGAUCCAAGAUCUCUCCCAUCUUGAACCUAGAAGAGGUAGCUGUGGGGGCCAUCACUAUCUUGCCCAAAAGGGCUUCCAUUGAUGGGUUUGACCAAUACUUCAUGACUCGUUCCCUGGAGAACAACCGCAGGAACAUCUGGUUUGCCGAGUUCUGGGAAGAGAACUUUAACUGCAAACUCACCAGCUCAGGCGGCCAGUCAGAUGACUCCACCCGAAAAUGCACAGGCGAGGAACGCAUCGGCCAAGACUCCACCUAUGAGCAGGAGGGGAAGGUGCAGUUCGUGAUAGACGCGGUCUAUGCCAUCGCCCAUGCCCUCCACAGCAUGCACCAAGCCCUCUGCCCAGGCCACACAGGUCUGUGCCCAGCCAUGGAGCCUACCGAUGGCCGGACCUUGCUGCAAUACAUCCGGGCAGUCCGCUUCAACGGCAGCGCAGGAACCCCAGUGAUGUUCAAUGAGAAUGGAGAUGCCCCUGGGCGCUAUGACAUCUUCCAGUACCAGGCAACCAAUGGAAGUGCCAGCAGCGGCGGGUACCAGGCCGUGGGCCAGUGGGCAGAGGCCCUUAGACUGGAUAUGGAAGCCCUGCAGUGGUCCGGUGACCCCCAUGAGGUGCCUGCUUCUCAGUGCAGCCUCCCCUGCGGGCCUGGUGAACGGAAAAAGAUGGUGAAGGGUGUCCCCUGCUGCUGGCACUGUGAGGCCUGCGAUGGGUACCGCUUCCAGGUGGAUGAGUUCACGUGUGAGGCCUGUCCGGGGCACAUGAGACCCACCCCCAACCACACCGGCUGCCGUCCCACACCUGUGGUGCGCCUGACCUGGUCCUCUCCGUGGGCUGCUCUGCCCCUUCUCCUGGCUGUGCUGGGCAUCAUGGCCACCACCACCAUCAUGGCCACGUUCAUGCGCCAUAAUGACACUCCCAUAGUCCGCGCCUCUGGCCGUGAGCUGAGCUACGUGCUGCUCACUGGCAUCUUCCUGAUUUAUGCCAUCACCUUCCUCAUGGUGGCCGAGCCUUGCGCAGCCAUCUGUGCCGCCCGGAGACUCUUGCUUGGCUUGGGCACCACGCUCAGCUACUCAGCCCUGCUCACCAAGACCAACCGCAUCUACCGCAUCUUUGAGCAAGGGAAGCGCUCUGUCACGCCGCCACCCUUCAUCAGCCCCACGUCGCAGCUAGUCAUCACCUUUGGCCUCACCUCCCUGCAGGUAGUGGGAGUGAUAGCGUGGUUGGGGGCCCAGCCCCCACACAGCGUGAUUGACUACGAGGAGCAGAGGACGGUGGACCCGGAGCAGGCCAGGGGUGUGCUCAAAUGUGACAUGUCUGAUCUGUCCCUCAUUGGUUGCCUGGGCUACAGUCUCCUGCUCAUGGUCACCUGUACGGUGUAUGCCAUCAAGGCCCGAGGUGUGCCUGAGACCUUCAAUGAGGCCAAGCCCAUCGGCUUCACCAUGUACACCACCUGUAUUAUCUGGCUGGCUUUUGUUCCCAUCUUCUUCGGCACCGCCCAGUCAGCUGAGAAGAUCUACAUCCAAACAACCACACUGACCGUGUCCCUGAGCCUCAGCGCGUCGGUGUCCCUCGGCAUGCUCUACGUGCCCAAAACCUACGUCAUCCUGUUCCAUCCAGAGCAGAACGUGCAGAAGCGGAAGCGCAGCCUCAAGGCGACCUCCACGAUGGCAGCCCCGCCCAAGAGCGAGAAUGCAGAGGACGCCAAGUAGCAAGGUCGAGUGUGGGGGCCGCAGGUUGCUCCCUGCCCUUUCUUUGCUUCUCCUGGCUUCACGGCGUGAAGCUGUGAAGGAUCCACAGUGACCAUCAGAGGCCAGGAAUGUGGAAAGACCAUGUCCGGCAUGGGUGGACAUGCCUUCGGAAAAAGCUAAACCCUGAUCCACGCUGGCCCUGAGCUUUCCUGGGUCUGCCGACCUCAUCAUUCUGCCCGUUCUACCCACAGUAGAAAACACUCGCUUCCAGGAUUCUUCCUGAAGACAGAGACUAAGCUGACCCCUUCUGGGUGGACAUUCAAAACCGAGGUGAAGCCAGGGCGUGGUCAGGUUGGGGUAAGAUUUAUCUUGAUCCAACACUGUACCUAGGGAAUGGCCAGGGUGUCAGAAAGUGAAAACCCCAACGUUGAAUCCAGAUUUAGAGCUGAGCGGGUAUAGUUGCCACAGCAGGAAACUUUGGGGUCUGAAUUUGGGGAAUUAAUCAUUUCUCUGAUACAGAGGAGCAGAGCCUAUACGAGAGCCCUGGGAGCCGAGCGUUGCCCUGCAGCAGAGAGAAGGGCUUUCAGGAGGCCGCUUCCGCUUCCGGUGUGGUCUUUUCCACAGGGUCAUCCACUAGGUUUGGCAGCUUGCCUUUGCUGUGUAUGUUUUUGUAGAUUGCUCCAAUCUGAAAAAAAAAGCCAGCACAGUUGUGUGGGGAAAACGAAGCUGGGCUUUGUUCAAGGGAGUCCAGGGACUGUCUUGUUUGUACGCUUAGGUUUUGUUUUGUUUUGAGCCAGGGUCUCACUGUGUAGCUCUGCCUCUCCUGGAACUCCCUAUGUAAACCAGGCUGGCCGCAAACUCACAGAGAUCUGCCGGCCCUUGCCUUCCAAGUGCUGGGAUCAAAGUGCUGUGUAUCACUAUGCCCAGCUUAAUUUUAAAUUAUUAGGAUGGCUAUAAAGGUGGAGCACUCUUCUGAAAAGUGAAUAUGAAUCAUAUGGAGGAAGCUGUUGGAAUACCAUGUAUGGACUUUAUUUUUCACCAAUCUUUCUUUUUUUUUUUUCUUUUUUCAUGAAGAGCUGGUGUUUAAUUAGGGAAUUUUGCGUUUCUUGUUUUUUCUUUUUUUUUUUUAAUGUAUUGAGUUGUAUGCUUUAAUGUAUUGUGUGAGUUUUCCAGUAUUCAGGCUACAGAACUGGUUUUUGAAAAUGAGUGGCACUUCAAUGGAUGGAUGCCCCAAGGGAUAGUGAGUUCUGGCCCUGAGAUGCAGUACUUUAUCUAGCAUUUUAAAAGCAACACAGCUUCUCUUUAGACUAUUUCUGCCCUCCUCACUUCACGUGUUCCCAGUUUCCCACCGUGCAAGGCCCGGCACUGCAUUUAGUGCUGAGCGCUUUCUGAAGCUCCAAGCUGAGGCGUCUGUCCUGUUUGAAUCCUCAGAAGUGUGAAAUGAAUUCUCUUGAGAAAGCUUCAUCCAUGUGACCGUGUUAGUAGUGUUUUCUUCCUCUAUGAUCUCUUCCAGAGUCAGUGAUCCUGGGUCUGAAUAAAGGUUUUUGUUUUGUUUUUGCACUUACUGUUUUGUGUGUGUGUGUGUGUGUUUCUCUGCUUUGCAGUAAGUUUUGACCUGCUAGUUGAAAGCUUGUGUGUGUGUGUGUGUGUGUGUGUGAGUUUUGUUGUUGUUUUUCAUUUGUCAUUUUCCCCCAUGCUUAGAGUCAAUGAUUUCUAGUGAGUGUUUUCCGCUGUCUGCACUUCACAGAUUCCUCGUCAGCUGAAGUUACCGGCUAGAAUCCUGGCCUCCUGCCAAAGCCCCCACUUCCUUGUCCAGUCAUCCGUGUCCUCUGGUGGAAAUUCCUUAAUACACACUGUGUUCCACCUUCUUCCUAUAGGCUUUCUCUUCUGCCUUCUGUUGAUUUUUCCAUACCAUGACCCAUUUUAUACAGAGCAGUGGACUUCUGUUACUGGGAACAGUUCACAUUUAAUACACCCAUGAGGUUUUUUUCUUUCUGAAUUCUUCAGUGUAUCCAAGGUUCCUUUGACAAGAGGCUUCUCAUCUGAAAUUCCUCACUUUGGUUUCUUUCUCUCUCUCUCUCUCUCUCUCUCUCUCUCUCUCUCUCUCCCUCCUUCCUUUCUGUGCUUAUUGAGGGACUGGCAGCUCCCUAAAAGUCCCUUCAUAGCUCUGAGUUACCAGAUAUCUGGUCAAGCAAACCCCAAAUAAAGUUUUAUGUUUUUUUUUUUUCUUCUUUAAGUUUAUGAAUCGUGUAAGAGGUUCUGCUAGUACAGGUUCUUUCUGUGGAAAGAGCAAGGCUGUACCUGAAAGCUUUAUCUUAUCUCCUGCCCUUGAGCUGAUCCUCCUGGUAUACAUUACAAAGGUGGAGCUGGACUGGAAGCUUAGCUCACAUUUAUUGUCAGUUUUUCCUAUCCAGUACAAAUUGCUCAAAUUGGGGUGAGGUUGAGUCCUGAAGCUUACUUCACUCACCUGUUUAUAACCUUUCUUCCCAUGGAACCAGCUGAGACAUGAAUGGAAAAAACAAACAAAAUGAGACUUUAUAUUUACGAUAUGCUUAUACUUUCUCAACAGUGUGAAAUUUUUGUCACACUUAUUCUACUUUUAUGAUAUGCUUGCUUCUUGGAAACUUAACCCUAA